CUAGAUACGUGGUAUCUUCUGAUAAUACAUUUUUCACUUAUUCCGUCGUUUGCAACUCAUCCAAGGCACUUAGAUACGAACCUAGCACUUAACAGCUCAUCUACUGUUAAUCUGCAAUAAUUAUUGUAAAGGUACUGGGAAGUGGGACUUUGCCCAUAGACCUAUUAAGACCUUUAUACCUAUUGUUAGGUCUAUGAUUUUGCCUGUUGAUAAUGUUUUGUCUCGUCCCCACAAAACGUUAUCACUGAUAUCGUAGCAAUAAUAAUAUUGUCAUCGUUAUCUUCGUCGUAUUAUUUGGUCGCGUUAUUAAAGUCCACAAACGUUUUAUUGUCGAACUGAUCGAACAGAGGGCCAGUUGCAUCCUGUAAAAUAACGUUUUGCUCGCGAUUCACAAGCCAUCGUUGUUAACUCAAGACAGCAGAAGACAACGUGUUCGCAGCAAUCGUAAUCCGACCAUAGAUAGCUGACAAAGAAAAUAAAAAAAUAAAACAAAAUGUUUUUAUGGGAUUGGGUUACCGGAGCGUUGGAGUAUUUAGGAUUAUGGAAAAAAUCCGGAAAAUUACUCUUCCUCGGAUUAGAUAAUGCUGGAAAGACCACUUUGUUGCAUAUGUUAAAAGAUGAUCGCUUAGCUCAACAUACACCAACAUUACAUCCAACAUCUGAAGAAUUAUCAGUUGGCAACAUCAAAUUUACAACAUUUGACUUGGGCGGUCAUUCUCAGGCAAGAAGAGUAUGGAAAGAUUAUUUCCCUGCUGUAGAUGCAAUAGUAUUUUUGGUGGACGCUUGUGACCGAACUAGAAUAAUGGAAAGCAAAGUGGAAUUGGAUUCACUUUUGCUCGAUGAAGCGUUGUGCAAUAUUCCGGUGCUUGUUCUCGGUAACAAAAUCGAUAGGCCAGGUGCACUUUCAGAACACGAAUUAAGGACGGCCUUUUCUCUAGCUCAAACGACUGGCAAAGGACGUGUAGCUAGAUCUGAACUACCGGGACGUCCAUUGGAAGUGUUCAUGUGUUCUGUUUUGAAACGCCAAGGUUACGCAGAAGGAUUUAGAUGGCUGGCUCAAUAUAUUGAUUAAGCUUCAUUGUUUUUAAAUACAAUGUUCUUUUCUCUUUUUUUUUUUACUGUUCUCUCUUGGUUUUUUAAUAUGUUAGUAUAAUGGCUAAAAUGACAAUAAAUGAGAAUCAAAUCAUUUUUGUACAAACAAACAAAAAAUGUUCAUUCCAUUAUGUUAUUUUAUGUUCUACUGAAAAAUUAUCACUUUUACCUUGUGUCACCUAUUAUUUUUCUCAUUUAAUCGUGUGUAAAUUAAAUUAUAUUAAUAUUUUUUUCAAUUACUGUUAUUUAUAGUUGAAAAUUAUGUUUUUUUUCUGCAAUACCUAAGUAAUUUUUGUAUCAUGACUAGUAAAAUUGCGUGUAAAAAUCUAUAAUAUAAAUUAAUUCCGAAAGUGUUGUAUUUUUAAUUAUGAUUCCAUUGUUUGUAUGACUUCUGUGUGCGAUAUCUAUUCCAUCUUAUUUAAUACAUUUUUCGUUUUUUGGUCAUACAAUAAAAUAAUAUAAUUGCAUACUCAAAAAAGUAUUUCUCAUUCAAACAUAACUUACUGCAUUUGAUUCAUUCUAAGAGAGACUCAAACCAUGUACAUUGUACUGUAAAGUUAAUUUUUUCUACUAAAAUGACUAUAUCUUACAAAAGAUGUUAUAUGUUUAAAAGUAUACCCAAAAGCUAAAAUACAAAUUAAUCUUAAAAAUAGUUGAUGUGCUCAAAAUUUAAUUCUAGAAUUUUUAUUUUAUUAUGUUUUGGGUAGUAGCUACUGUCAAAAUACAAUUGUCUUUUUGAAAUGUACCGUGGAAAACGUUUAUAAUCGUAAUGUGAUAAUCUAGAUAAAUAUUAAUAAAUAAUUAUUAUUACUAUAUUAAUAAUAUGUAUAAAACGAUAUAAAAGUGCAUUGUCAAGUUAAGAAAUUAACACCGGACCAAAGAAUGGAAGGAUUUAUGUUAAUAGUAUUAUAGAUCACUUGUUUCAGUUAUAUCAUGGUUCUCACUAUGGGGAGAAACAAAUGGUGUGAAUGAAGAUGGCACAAAGAAAAACUUUUAAUUUAUCUUCUAUCAAUAUCAUUAUUAUUAGUAUCUUAUGGUUUUUGUAUACGAUUUUAAUUUAUCAAUGUAAUUAUUUAAAUUUUAAAUGAUUGUAACAUUUUAUAUUGUAAAUUUAUACACCUAGUAGUAUGUUGCCACACACAAGGCAACUCGGAUAACGAGCAAUUUCAUUUUAUUUAAUAAACGAUUGUUUCUUUCUCCCUUUUAA